AUGGAUCAGGAUGAGAACGAUAAACCAAAGGUGACCUACCACCGGUUAGGAAACAGCGGGCUGCGCGUCUCAUGGCCUAUCCUGGGGAUGAUGGCAUUCGGCAGUCCGGAAUGGCUUGCAUGGGUGAAGAACGCCGAUGAGGCAUUACCGAUUAUCAAGAUGGCCUGGGAUAGGGGUGUGAACACAUUCGAUACUGCAAACGUCUACUCCCAAGGGGAAUCAGAGCGAGUAAUAGCCAAGUUCCUCAAGACAUACGAUAUCCCCCGAUCUAAAGUGCUCAUCCUGACGAAAUGUCACCGGCUCGUCGCUGCGGUCCCCUCAGUCCAACCCCCCGCAGCCCGGGCACUGAUGGCUACGCGAGACUACGUGAACCAACACGGGCUUUCCCGUGCAGCGAUAUUCAACGCCGUGUCUGACUCACUUGCGCGGCUCGAGACGGAUUCUAUCGACUUGCUCCAGAUUCAUCGGUACGAUCCUGCUACCCCUGCUGAGGAGACGAUGGAGGCGCUGCACGAUCUUGUCGUUGCUGGGAAAGUGCGCUACCUAGGAGCAUGUACGAUGCUCGCUUGGCAGUUGCAGGCGUACCAGCAGGUGGCGGAAAGCAGGGGAUGGACAGGAUUCGUGAGUAUGCAGAGUAAUUGGAGCUUGUUGACGAGGGAGGACGAGAGGGAGGUGAACGCUUACUGCCGCUAUAAGGGGAUCGGCUUGAUCCCCUGGGGACCGCUGGCGAGUGGACUGUUGGCGAGGCCCUUGGGGGAAGAGACGGAGAGGACAAAGUUGACUAGUGGGGCAUCGUUCACGAGCUUUGAGACGACGGAGCAGGAUAGGGAGAUCAUUAGGCGCGUGGAGGGGGUUGCAAGAGCCAGGGGGUGCGCGAUGGGAUGCGUCGCGCUCGCUUGGCUUUCGGGGAGAAUUGUUAGCCCUGUAGUAGGGAUCUCUUCUGAACAACGCCUGGAUGAGGCGAUACUGGGCGACAUGCAACUUACGGAGGAGGAGAGGGAGUGCUUGGAGGAACCGUGA